AUGCCCAUCAUCACAGUACUAAGAAGGCAUUCAGAUGCUAAUCUGACUCUGGUGGAGUCUUUUCUUUCUGCUGGCAGAGGUAAAGUGUUGAACACGGAUCUGCGCCAUUACCUCAGCCUGCAGUUCCAGAAAGGCUCUUUGGACCACAAGCUCCAGCAGGUGAUCAGAGAUAAUCUGUACCUGCGCACCAUUCCUUGUACCACGAGGCAGCCUCGUGAAGGGGAGGUUCCAGGAGUGGACUAUAAUUUCAUCAGCGUGGGGGAGUUUCGUGUGCUGGAGGAGAGCGGUCUGCUACUGGAGAGUGGAACAUAUGAUGGUAAUUACUAUGGCACUCCUAAGCCACCUGCAGAACCCAGUCCAGUGCAGCCUGACCUGGUGGACCAGGUUCUGUUUGACGAGGAGUUCGAUGCGGAGGUCCAGCGCAAACGCACCACGUCUGUCAGCAAAAUGGAUAAAAAGGACAGCGCAGCUCCUGAGGAAGAGGAGGAGGAUGAGAGGCCACCCAUGGUCAAUGGGCUCACAGAACACAAGGAGGGACCGGAGUGGAGGAAAGCUGUGCCCAGCUACACACAGUCCAGUAGCAGAAUGGACUUCCGCAACUGGAACAUGCUGCCUCGUGAUGAGAGCCAGGAGCCUCUGCCCAAGAACUGGGAGAUGGCCUAUACGGAGACCGGCAUGGUCUACUUUAUAGAUCAUAAUACCAAGACCACGACCUGGCUCGAUCCACGACUGGCAAAGAAAGCCAAGCCUCCUGAAAAAUGUGAGGAUGGAGAGCUUCCAUAUGGCUGGGAGAGGAUUGAGGACCCGCAGUAUGGGACUUAUUAUGUAGACCACAUCAAUCAGAAGACUCAGUUUGUGAAUCCAGUGCAGGAAGCCAAGAAGAAACUCAGCCAGGACGCAUCUCCAACCAGUCAGCCAAUAGCAGCAGCCGCAGGAGCAGUACCAAUGCCCAUAAAUGAAGCUGGUUUAAGGGGAUUCACACGGGACCCAUCUCAGCUGCAGGGUGCUAUCCUGCUCACAACUCUGAAGAAGAGUCCUCAGGGCUUUGGUUUCACCAUUAUCGGUGGAGACCGACCAGAUGAAUUCCUUCAAGUGAAGAAUGUCCUGAGAGAUGGACCCGCCGCACACGAUAACAAAAUCGCUUCGGGUGAUGUUAUAGUGGACAUAAAUGGUACAUGUGUGCUGGGCAAUACCCAUGCAGAUGUGGUCCAGAUGUUCCAGUCCAUUCCUGUAGACCAGUAUGUGGAUAUGGUCCUGUGCCGUGGAUACCCACUGCCAGAGGACACCAAUUCCAGCGAAGAGGGCACAGGCGACAUAAUAACUGCUGUGCCGGGAAUUGACGGGCAGCCCAUUCAUUCAGACGGGACCCCCUCCAUGCAGGACCUCCAUUACAUGACCACCGAUGGUAGACAUCCAGCUGCAGCAAUGCCCAACGGACGCUACCCAGAGGCGGGAGACACCACCCUGCUGCAGCCCGAACUGGUCAGCGUGCCUUUGGUAAAGGGGCCAAGCGGAUUCGGCUUUGCCAUCGCAGACUGUCCGCUGGGCCAGAAGGUGAAGAUGAUUCUGGACGCGCAGUGGUGCCGAGGUCUGCUGAAGGGGGACGUGAUAAAGGAAAUUAACAGGCAGAACGUACAACCCCUCACCCAUGCGCAGGUGGUGGACAUCCUCAAAGACCUGCCCGUGGGCAGCGAGGUCAACGUGCUGGUGCUCAGAGGAGGUCAGACAUCUCCCGUGAAGUCUCUGAAACCUAUCACUCCAGCUAUUCCCAGUACCCAGAAGCAGGACAUUGCCACCAGUUCUGUCAGUACUGAGACUCCCAGUGCGGCUGAGCCUGGGCCCCAGUCCCUUCCUUUCCCUCCUCAUGCCAUCCGCUCCAGCUCCCCAAAACUGGACCCGUCUGAGCUCUACCUCAAGUCUAAAGCCAUGCUGGACAGCAAACCCACCAACACUAAAGAACUGGACGUGUUUAUCAGGAGGAACCAGGAGACUGGAUUUGGGUUCAGAGUGCUGGGUGGAGAAGGACCAGAUCAGCCAGUGUACAUUGGUGCCAUCGUUCCUCUGGGUGCUGCAGAGAAGGACGGGCGUCUGCGGGCUGGAGAUGAGCUCAUUUGUAUUGAUGGCGUUCCUGUCAAAGGCAAAUCUCACAAACAAGUUCUGGAGCUCAUGACCAACGCCGCCCGCAACGGGCAGGUGAUGUUGACCGUGCGCAGAAAGCUCACCUGUCCAGAAAGAGAGGAAGAUGAUGGGGGUCAACCUCAGGCCCCACAUGUUCCAGCGCUGGUCAACGGCUCACCCAAACCACCCCACAUCGAGGUGUCCAGCCACAGCCACCCUCAGCCCUACGACGUCACUCUUCAGCGCAAGGACAACGAGGGCUUCGGAUUCGUCAUCCUCACCUCUAAAAACAAGCCUCCGCCUGGAGUUAUCCCACAUAAGAUUGGUCGCAUCAUUGACGGCAGUCCCACAGACCGCUGCGGUCGGCUAAAAGUGGGUGACCGCAUCUCUGCUGUGAAUGGCCAGUCAAUUAUUGAGCUGUCCCACAACGACAUUGUGCAGCUCAUCAAAGAAGCUGGAAAUGCUGUUACCCUCACGGUGGUGCCUGAGGAGGAACACAGUGGACCUCCGUCAGGCACUAGUUCAGCCAAGCAGAGCCCAGCCACCCAGCACAGAGCCGUGGGACAGCAGCCUGCCAGCCGAGAUGACAGGAAUGGCGUAGAAACGGAGGAGAGGAAAGACACUAUGGCCCGAGCGGAACACAAAUCCCUGCCGCAGGGUGAGAUAGGGGCUGUCAUCUCCUCAGGACCAAAGCAGGGCUGUUAUCCCGUGGAGUUAGAGAGAGGACAGAAAGGUUUUGGCUUCAGUCUGCGAGGAGGGAAGGAAUAUAACAUGGGCCUCUUCAUCCUCAGACUAGCUGAGGACGGUCCUGCACUGAAAGAUGGCAGGAUACAUGUGGGAGAUCAGAUUGUGGAGAUCAACGGUGAACCCACACAGGGCAUUACACACACACGGGCCAUUGAGCUCAUCCAGGCCGGGGGCAAUAAAGUGUUGCUGCUUCUGAGGCCCGGACUUGGCCUGGUGCCUGAUCAUAAUGUUAAAGAUAUGAUGACCGGUCCAUCUGCAAACUCUCCAAGGUAUUCUGCAUCCAAUGAGCCGUCGACACCAGCAUCUUCAUCCUUCAUCUCUCACUCCCCUGAGGUCAACCCCUCUCCACCCGAGGAGCUCUUCUUCGACCCGGUGGCUGCUUCACACAGACAACUUCACCAACAUUACAGAGACGCCAAAAAGCAAACUAGAAAGAGCGACCCAAGCAUGCCUCGUGACAACAAUGACAAUUUUACACUCCCCCAGAGACAGGAUGGGAAAGAACGCUUACAAAGUCCAAAAAAGACUCUAAACAUGGACAACAAGAGCGAUCCUAGCGGACGAGAAACUCGAUCCCCAAGCCCCAGGAAGACCAAGAAGGAAAACGCUGGGAUCAGACAGGAGGUGCCUCAAAAAGCCACUGACGGAUUGAAGCCUAACUCUGGAAGGAGAUACAAAGACGAGGGCACUAUGCACAAGCAGGACAGGGAAACGGGAGAAAUCAGACCUGAGGUCUCAAGAGGUGGCAAUGACAGAUACCCGAGGGACAAGACAGCAGAACCUCAGUGGUCUGAAAGCGGUACCCUCAACCGGAAGGACCACAGAGGACAAGACAGGCCUCGAGGGGAAGAGGAUAUCGAGGGUGUCCCUCAAGAGACUCCCCAGAAUGGGAACCCUACCAACAAGAGAGCCCCUAUAACCCCAGGCCCCUGGAAGGUGCCCAGCUCCGCAAGGAUUCAGCCUCCGGUGCAUGGAGUCUAAUGCGUUUGGGAGCAGUUAUUGAUGUGAAUCACUGUGGAUUUUUUGGUAUGACUAUCACCAUCUACACUGAUAACAUGCAGCGUUUGCUUGAGUCCACCAACAAUACGAGCCUCCGUUUUGUUUUGUGCCAAUCAGACUGCAGCUACAAACUCAUCCAUGUCUCUUUGCUCCUGUGACGAUAACAUGAAGGAUGCUUUUCUGUGAAGGUUUAAAAAUGUCUAUUUAUAUGUAUUAAAAGGAUAGUUCACCCAAAAAUGAAAAUUCUGUCAGCAUUUAUCAGCCUUCUUGAUGUUACAAAUCCUGUAUGACUCAAAAGAAGAUAUUUGAAGGAUGUUGGUAACUAAACCAAUUUGGUGACCAUUGACUUCUGUUGUAUGGACCAUAAAAUCUUUGAUCUUCCACAGAAGAUAGACAGACAUACGGUGCUGAAAUGACAUGAGGAUGAGUGAAUGAUGACAACCUUUUUCAUUUUUGAGUAAACUAUCCCUUUAAUUUUCCAUCUUUGAUUCUCCGCAUGUCCUUGACGACUUUUCCAGUGACGCAACUGUCCUCAAGAUCCAGUCCUGAGAAGUGAUUUUGUUUAGGCUGUGCAUUAUUCUGCUUUUUUUGCAGUGAAUUUUCGACAUAUCUAUCUUUAAAAGACCAGAAACUUAAGUUUAAGGUUAAGUAUAUUGUUUACUACUUGUGUGUUGAAGACGAUGCAUAUGUAAUUUAUUGAAAUGAAUAUGAUGAUAUAAACAUAUAAAUGUAUAGCGGUAUAGAUAUUUGUAUCCAUUCUGAGCCAGGUCACUUAUUAGUGUUCCAGCUUGCCGAUACGACUUUCGGCUUCCUAACAAACACAUAUUUUUUCACAGUGCUACAGCUUUUACAGUUAAUCUCGGUGGAGCAUUUGCAAGGUGUGUACAUUUGGGAUCAAAUGUUCGCUCAUAUCAUUAGAAGGUGAAGCAGAACUAGGAGAAAUUCAGAUAUAUUUUUGCAUACUAUCCAAUCUAACAUUAUAUUUUUUCUUAUUCUAUUUAGCACAUCGAAUGAUUCAUACUGCAUUGUUUACCCAAUAUUGGAACUUCAUAUUCAUUUAAAGUGUCUUUAUGCAUCUUUCAGAUUAUCCUAUUAAAUGUCAAGAUGCUGUCUUAUAUCCAUGGGAAAUGUAGCUCUGAAUUAUGUGCCGAACCAUUUGGAUGUUAUUCAUCAGGUUCUUAAAGCCUCAAACAACUGGCACAGAUUCAGACACAAGAUAUAACAAUGUCCAAUAUCUUUUUUCCAUAACAGUAUUUUUGAAAUACCAUAAAUAUUAAGUGUCCAUAUGGGCAGAGCAGACAUCAGUCAAACAUUGCAUAUGCUACAGUGCUUCUAUAAUUUAAUCAUGAUGAAAAAUGUGAAUACUUUCUAACAAGGUUUAUGAUUGCUUCUUGAUCAUUAAAGGGGUCAUGAACUUCCUUUUUUAUUACUUUGUACUGUUCUCUGAG